AUGCCACUGAAUGUCAAGAUAGUCAAAUUGACAUGUCGAAGGGGAGGAAACGUGCGCUUAUUGCUCCUGCUGCAGACGUUGCUCACCAGGGCCCUGCCCAGAGAAGAAGGAGGACAACAGGGGCUCAGACUCAACCACAUGAUGACUGCCAUCGGGUUGUGUCAUGCUUUUCCAGAGACCUACAGCCCUCUAACUCCACCAGAAGAUAAACCGGAUGAGAACAGUAUGGAUAUCAUUCCUGCUAAUGAGAAAAAUGCCGAUCAUUUUAAAGAUAUAAAACAAUAUAUGUUCAUGACACAGAAUCCGAAUGGCACCCAGUCUGAAAUCUCUGUGAAAGCAACAACAGAUUCGAAUUUUGCUCUAAGAAACUAUGAACUCAUCACUGAAACAACUACAUUACCUACUGGAAAAGCCCUCAAUGAAGACAAUACUGAAAAAAGAAAUCGAAGCUCUGAUUUGAGUGAUACAAGUGACAGCCUGUCACCACUAGAGGCCCUCAAGUUAAAAUUAAUGCUGGGUGUCUCUUUGAUGACCCUUUUCCUUUUCGUUCUCCUCUUGGCAAUCUGUAGUGCCAUGCUGUACAAACUGAAGACAAUAAGUUCUAAAAAAUGUGAGAGUCAAUACUCCAUCAACCCAGAGCUGGCAACUCUGUCUUACUUUCAUCCAUUAGAAGGCGUAUCAGACACAUCUUUUUCUCAUAGUGCCGAGAGCUGCACACUUUGGAGCACUUCUUCAGAAAUGAGAAUAUAUGACACAAGUUCAAAAUCUAGAAUGACUGACAUGAUGAUCUGCACAGCCUCAAAUGAUACAGGCCUGAAAUAUGACUCAGACUUACCUGAGAGAGGAAGCUCCCACUAA